AUGAGUCGUAGACAAUAUAUUAAGGGAGCCGCAUGUAAAAAUUGUAAGUCUAAGAAACACAGAUGCGAUAAUGAAAAGCCUCAAUGUAGAUAUUGCGCAAAACGAAACCUUAAAUGUGAACGGGUAAACUGGAAAAAGCGUGGUCGUAAAUCAAACGAUACCCCUUUUCAAAUAAUCAGCCCUGCAAUAACUAUUAACCAAAGAAAUUCUGAUUGUCGCGAACAGUCUCUGGCAUUUGACGAUAUUUUUUCGCAUUAUUACGAGGAUAUUGGUAGAUCUGUUGAGCAAACACAUAUACCCGUAAAUCAAGACGAUUCAUUCUACAAUACCGAUAUGAAUUUGUUGAAUAAUUAUGAAGUUAAUUUCAAUUCUCAAGGCGAAAAUUUUUAUGAAGGCCUAUAUUAUUUGUUUUGUUAA